AUGAUGCACGCGAAGAUUUCUGUGUUGCUUCGAACUCGACCAGAAUGGCGCACGCUGGGGCCUGCGCUGGUAGCCUCGACUUCGAUCAGCUUCCAAGAAGGCGACACGACCGACUGCGAUCUUGUCAUUCCGCUCUCCGGACAACAGCAGCCAUCCACGGUCCACGUUCUCUUAUUGUGGACCUCCGAUCCCAUGACAUCCACCGAAGAACAACUGCGUCGUUUCUUAUCGCGGGCGAAGCGGACGACGGAUCAAUAUGUGGCUAUGGUGACUGAGGACAAGGAGAAGCCCUCCAUGUGCGCCGCUCACGUUCUCUCGUCUCUGCAACAUCGCAUCGUACCUACAAUCGAGCGCUACAUUCAAGAGCUGAACAAGAAGUACGAGAUCAAGAUACCGCCAAUGCCGAUGCCUACCACCCUGGUCGCUCAUGCCAGCACCUCAGCGCCAGCUCAGCCCCUCUCCGCACACGAUGCCAAUGUAUUGACUGACCUGUGCCCUUCCAUUCGAGGUUUGGAGGAAGCUACCAGGACAAACAACGGAAGGGAGCGAUUGGCCGAGUAUCUGGGACCAGUGGUCACAAAAACCCUUGUUGACUUCUGGGAGGAUGAAUGGAUAAUUUGA